AUGAGUUGCCUCAGUUCAGAGUACUAUCAUGAUCCUGAUGCAGAGCUCGUCUUCACCAAUCACAACGAGAACCAGCCGUCAUUGCCAAUCACAAUACCAUCCAAUUAUCACCAAAUAUCACCUCAUAUCGUACAGCGUGUAAUUGUUCCCUCAUUCGUCCUCAUUCACCGGAGAAGUUUUUCCCGAUGCCCGACGUUCACGUACGGGUACGACCCGGAGAGCGGCAGUACCGUGGCGCGUCGCCAGUUCACGUACGGCUACGACCCGGAGAGCGGUAGCACCGUGGCGCGUCGCCAAUUCACGUACGGCUACGAUCCCGAGAGCGGCAGUGAUGUCGAACGUCGCGACACCCCGACGUUCGACUACGGUUACAACCCUGAGACAUCAGGAAAUAACCCACCUGAGAAUUACCGUAAACACUGCAGAAUCAUCAAGCUUUCCCGGCAAUAUUGA